AUGGUGAACGGCCUGAAUCUCUCGGCAACGCUCAACACGUUCAAACUGCUGUUCAACCCGUCGCUGAUCAAGCCCCACGUGACCGUCAGCAACUUCAGCCAGCUGCCGGUACCUAUUCCCGGCAAAAACGGCGCCCAGAUCAAGGCAGUCAUUCUCGAUAAAGACAACUGCUUUGCGGUGGACGGCGCAGAUCACGUGUUUGAACAGUAUCAUGACAAGAUGGACGAGCUCAAAAAGCAGUACCCGGGCAAACUGCAGCUGCUGGUUGUGUCCAACUCCGCCGGUACCAAUGACGACACAGACUUCAAGGACGCCCAACGAGUGGAGCAAAACACCGGACUCGAGGUGUACAGACACGCGGUCAAAAAGCCGGGGUGCCACGAGGACCUGGUAGCAUACCUGAAAAAGAACAAGGUCAUUGAUCAGCCAUCCGAAGUGGCAGUGGUGGGAGAUCGUCUGUUGACAGAUGUGGUGAUGGCUAACCAGAUUGGAGGCACUGGAGUGUGGCUGAGUGAAGGAGUCGAGAAGAGCAACAAGCUGCCUGUCAGAUUCGAGCGACUGCUGUACAAUUUCAUGCAGUAG